AUGAGGUUUGUCCAAUAUAUUCCGACUGGAAUUCCAAACGAAGAUGGUGAGUUCCCGGGAAGGAACUAUACAGUUGGAAAAGUCAUACAACAACUGUAUGAUAUUAGGAAAGCUUCAAACCCCAAACUUGCAAUGACACUCAAAUUGCUUAUGAAUUCGACAUGGGGAUAUUCCAUUAAAAAACCUCAAGAGAUGAAGAGUAAACAUUAUGAGAAGGUCGACAACUUUGUUGAAAGGUUUUCUCCUUUUGUUUUGAAGUACGAAUUCACUCAAGGUCAAAGUGGCUUAGUAACCACAUUAAAACCUAUUGUCGAACAUUGGUCUUACCCUCAGUUCGCAAAGGCAGUCCUUGACAACUACAACAAAUUCUUCUCCGAAGUCAAAUCCAAAGUUGUGGUUUACUAUGAGAACAUUGACGCACUCAUGACGAACGAAGAAGGAUACAACAAACUCAUUGAAAUGGGUUUAGUCGGUGAGAAGAUGGGCUGUUUUAAGCUAGAUAAGGUAUUUUCCGAAGUUCAUGUAAUAUCGAAAAGGAAAUAUUGGGGCAUACUUGAAGACGGCACAGAAAUAAAACAUUGCAUGAAGUAA